CAACCAUCACUCCUCAUCAUCCACUGUUAGUCUCACCAACACCUCUAAUUUUCCCUCUCUCUCUUACCAGUUACCCCACAUAUUAUAUUUCUACUUGGUACCCAAAAACCCCCUAUAUAUUACAUAGGAGGAGCAAGCGCCCGCCGCAAAAGCUACAAUAAUAAUUAGGCACUAAUAAGAGUUGAUAUCAAUUCCCCAACUCGAUCUCUCGACCGAUCUCUUCUUCUUGGAGCAGCAUACGCAGCAAGUAAUUUUGUUUUAAUGGGGAGCCUUGCUUCGGAGAGGAAGGUCACCGGAUGGGCGGCGAGAGACCCCAGUGGGAUUUUGUCCCCAUUUACCUACACCUUAAGGACGACGGGGCCGGAGGACGUGGUGAUAAAGGUGAAGUACUGCGGGGUUUGCCACACGGACAUUCACCAGACCAAGAACCACCUCGGCAUGUCCAACUAUCCCAUGGUCCCUGGGCAUGAGGUGGUGGGGGAGGUGGUGGAGGUGGGGAGUGCAGUGAGGCAGUUCAAGGUGGGGGAGACGGUGGGGGCCGGGGUUAUCGUCGGGUGCUGCAGAGAAUGCGGGUCGUGCAAGUCCGGCGACGAGCAGUACUGCGGCAAGAAGAUAUGGUCCUACAACGAUGUCUACACCGACGGAAAGCCCACCCAGGGGGGAUUCGCCUCCGCCAUGAUCGUCGACCAAAAGUUUGUGGUGAAGAUUCCGGCAGGGCUGGCGCCGGAGCAAGCGGCCCCUCUCCUCUGUGCCGGUGUGACCGUCUACAGCCCCCUGAAGCACUUCGGGCUGAUGCAGGGCGGCCUACGAGGCGGCAUUAUGGGCCUCGGCGGUGUGGGCCACAUGGGGGUGAAGAUAGCCAAGGCCAUGGGCCACCACGUCACAGUGAUCAGCUCCUCCGACAAGAAGCGGGCGGAGGCCACGGACCAUCUGGGUGCUGAUGCGUACAUCGUGAGCUCCGACGGUGCCCAGAUGGGUGCGGCGGCUGACUCGCUCGACUACAUCAUCGACACCGUGCCAGUUUUCCACCCGCUGGAACCGUACCUGUCGCUGCUCAAGGUGAACGGCAAGCUUAUACUAAUGGGGGUCAUCAACCAGCCUUUGCAGUUCGUCACUCCUCUCGUCAUGUUAGGGAGGAAGACAAUCACAGGAACCUUCAUAGGAAGCAUGGAGGAGACCCAUGAGAUGCUCCAAUUCUGCGAGAAGAAGGGGCUAACAUCCAUGAUCGAAAUAGUGAAAAUGGACCAGGUGAACGAGGCACUAGAGCGAUUAGAGCGCAAUGAUGUUAGGUAUCGCUUCGUUGUUGAUGUCGCAAAUAGCAACCUCGACGCUUGACAUUGCCAAUAAAGAUGCCGAACACAAAUUCCUCUUUCUUAUCAUCAAGAAAAUAAAGAGAAAUGUGUUGUGUUUCUUCGGAUUUCUACAAGAGGAAGUUGAGCUGUUGAUUAUUUAAUUGAGGGGAUUUAGAAUGAGCGUUAGGAUGGAUUGUAAUGUGGUUGUGCGAUCUAAAUAAAUUACAGUAUUUUAUUUACCUGCACGAAUUUCUGUUCUCGUGACGUAGCAAGUGUUAAGACAGGCAGUUAACUGAUGUUUUGGUAUUACAUUAAUUGAUCUGUACUGUUUGAGCCAAUAAUUACUCUUAAUUGAAGACAUUUGGUUGUGGUUAA